AUGUAUCUCAUUAACGCGCUGACUCUCAAACUCGAGCGCUUUGAUGAUGAAGCACAUCUGCCACCCUACGCGAUUCUAUCUCACACCUGGAGUGGUUCGGAAAUUACCUUUGAACGGUACUGCGCACUCCAUCGCAGCCCUAAUGUAGGCACGUACAGCAUCUCAACCCAAGAGGGUCUUGGUUACCUAAAGAUACGCAUGGCCUGUGUACAAGCAGUCCAGGAUGGCCUGGACUAUGCAUGGGUGGAUACAUGCUGCAUUGACAAGCGAUCGUCUGCUGAGCUGAGCGAGGCUAUCAACAGUAUGUUCAGAUGGUAUCAGAAGUCUGCUAUCUGUUACGCCUACUUGGACGAUGUGGGCGCAGCACCGCAGACCGAGGAGCUGGACGAAAGUCUGUGGAACAAAGGACUGUUGGCUUCUAGCGAACGACAACUUGCUCAGUCGAGGUGGUUUACCAGGGGAUGGACGCUCCAAGAACUCAUCGCGCCUUCUCAGGUUCACCUCUACGGACGCGGAUGGACAUACCUGGGAUCGAAACACUCAUUGAGACAAUUGCUCGUCGAUAUUACUGGGAUUGAUCAGACUGCUCUCCUUAAUGCUAAUCUGGGACGAGUCAGUGUAGCGCAGCGAAUGAGCUGGGCAGCUAACCGAGUUACGACGAGAAUCGAAGACUUAGCUUAUAGCCUCCUGGGGAUCUUUGAUGUCAACAUGCCACUACUGUACGGUGAGGGCAAGAAGGCCUUCGUCAGACUUCAGGAGGAGAUUUUGAAAAACAGUGCGGAUCAGAGUCUCUUCGCAUGGUCGCCCACACCUACAAAUUCACCCCCGAGAGUUCUCCGUGACUGA